AUGAAACGAGUAAAUUUACAAAAUAAUUUUUUAAAGAAAUUCGAUUUUUUAGUAGAACAACAAAAAAUAGAAGAAAAACAAGAACAACAAAAUAUUUUUCCUAAAAUAAACCAAAUUUUAAUGAAAUCUCCCCAACAAUCAAACCAUAACAUAGGAAAGGAUAUGUUGGAAAUGGUUACUGCUGGGUAAGCGAAAGUAAUUAUCGGGUCUGAUGGUGGCACAGCGGUCAUAGGGUUAGCGAAUCAAGGGAAAUCCCUGGAUAUACAAAAAAAUUUUGAUAUCAGGAUUUAGGAGCACCCUACCCUAAUCGGCGUAUUCUUUUGGAGAACUCGAGCCAUCAGUCUCAAAACUGUGAUAUUAAUCACUCCAGCUCGAACCAAACACAUUGGUGGGAGAUUGGAGACUCUUAAACGAAGUUUAAAAACUUGCGGUGAAGUUGAGAUUUAUUUGGGUCCCUUUC